AUGCAAUCAUAGUAAGCAUGGGAUGGGUUGUAAUCCUGUAAAUUUAAUUAUUCAGAAAAAAUACACAUAAAACCUUAAGAUUGUAUUACUGAUUUUGCAGGAGGAGAAAUUCAACAACCUCUGGGAAGAGUACAUUAUGAUCCAAAAUAUGGAGAUCCUUACACUUGGGUACCUCAUCUCAAAACAAGUAUACCAAGACCAGGUGAUGGCAAAUCGUAAGAAUUUCCUCCUGGAAAAUAAUUUAUUGAUCAUCGUCCAUAAGAGAAGAAACCUCGAGCAUAAAGGCUGCAUCUCAAAGAAGGAUAGUCAGGACAUCUUGAAGAUGUUCCAUAUGGCAUUAAAACAUUUCCACCGAUUCAUUGCGAAAAAAGACAUGAGAUUGAAGAAAUGAUGGGAAAAAAGUAAAGGUUAGAUUACCUUUAUUAAAUGAGAAAUGGUUUGCCAGUAGCAGCCUUAGGAGAUAAAAUAUAUAGAAAUCCAGAAUAUGCAUCUGAUUUUUUUAAAGAAGGAGGAUUGAUUACAGGAUCAAGCAACGUAUAAAGAAAAGUAAAUAUCAACUAAUUGCAUGAAAAAGAAAUGGAAAAAAAAAUUUAGCUAAUUUAAUCUAGGAUUAAGAAAGGAACACUUUGGAGUGAUAAAGUAAAAAUGGAUUAGGAUGCAGAAAAGAAAUAAGAUAUUGAUGACUUAGAUACAUGGAUUGAAACUACCUUAAAGCCUUCGAAUCCUAAUUAUUAAGAUCCUGAUAAAUUUUUUGAGAAUUUAGAAAAACAAUAAGCAUAAGAUCCAAAAAAAGCAUAGGCAAACCAAAAAAAAACUGGAAAAAAAUGA